UUUUUUUUUUUGGUGGUUUUCAUUAGUUUGGUUGUAAAUUUUAGGUGUAUGAAAUUUGUGGGAAACUUCACUUGGUUUAAUGUAGGUUCUUAUCCAACAUCACUUGGACUUUCGUUAAUUGAAUGAUGACCCAAAGUUGUCUCUAAAUUCUGAGAAAAAUAAACUGUAAAUUGUUGUGAAGUUUAGUAUUUGAAAAAUGUUGUUAAGUUGCAUUGGAAUCAAUUUUUAGGUUCCUUUUCUUUUCAAUGUUUUUCAACUGCAAAAUAUUUGUGGGCUUUUAUCUAAUUGGCUGUUGAAAAUUAAAUUCAAGUUUGGAUAUGGGGGCAGAACACUGGAAAACUCGUAUUGAAAAUGAGAGUCCUGCAAGACUUUCAGCUCCACCAGGUUUUGCAUCUCUUUCGUCUUUCUUCUUGAAGAAGGUUGAACAUCGCGAGGAAAACUUGGGCUUCAAAGACUCGAAGGAUGCAUCCACACAAGGGAAACUGCAGGUAGAGGCCAAAUCUGACGUGAUUGAUGUUGAAAAGCUAAAGGAAUCUGUUGGGAAUAGACCGUGGAUACUUUAUGACAAGAGCGAUCAAAUUGCAAGGGAAUAUCAUUCCAUGCAACAUUAUAAGGCAACAGUAAUGCAGUAUCCUGGAGAAGCAAGAAGAGAUGUCCUUGAAGAGGCGCCUGUUUUUCACCCAUCUGAAGAGGAAUUCAAUGACGCACUAAAGUACAUUGAGAGCAUACGUCUUAAAGCCGAGCCAUAUGGAAUUUGUCGUGUUGUUCCUCCUCCUUCAUGGCAACCACCAUGCCUUAUUAAGGAAAAGGGCAUAUGGGAAAAUUCUACAUUUGUUACCCAGAUUCAACAGUUUGACAAGUUUCCAGCUCAGUCCGUGAGGAGCAAAACAGCUGAAGUUUAUACAGGUGCAAGUAAGAGAAGAAGCUCGGGAAUGAGUUUUCAGCAAGGGUUUAGGAGUGAAUACUCCAUGAAUCCUGAGGAUGUUGCAUGCUUAGAUAUGGAGCUCAAUGUGUCCAAACCUGGUCCAGAAUUUACCUUAAAAACAUUUAAGAAAUAUGCAGAUGAUUUCGUGCAGCACCAUUUUUUCUCCAAACAUAAGGAUGCGGAUCAUCAUGUCAAUUGCAAACAGGGGGAGCCAUCAGUGGAGAGUAUUGAGGGUGAAUAUAGAAAGAUUGUUGAGAAUCCCACUGGAGUAUUAGAGGUGCUAUAUGGCGACAAUUUGGAUACUAUAACUUUUGGCAGUGGAUUUCCAACAGCAUUAAAUUCUUGGGAAGUAGAUAAUUAUCCUAGUUACAUUCAUUCAAGCUGGAACUUAAAUAAUGUACCUAAGCUUCCAGGUUCUCUUCUUUCUUUUGAAAGUGAUAAGACUUCUGGUGUAUUAGUGCCUCAGCUACGUAUAGGAAUGUGCUUUUCAUCACAAUAUUGGAAAGUUGAAGAACACCAUUUAUACUCACUAUGUUACAUGCAUGUGGGUUCUCCAAAAAUUUGGCAUUGUGUCCCUGGGAGAUAUUCCUUCAAGUUUGAGGCUUUUAUGAAGAAGUUCCUUCCAGAUUCAAUAGCCAAACAGUUUAAGCUGCAUCAAGAAGUGACCACAGGACUUUCUCCGUUCAUGUUGAAGUCUGAGGGCGUACCUGUCUACCGUUGUAUUCAGUAUCCUAGGGAGUUUGUUCUGGUUUUUCCAGGAGCCUAUCAUUCAGCAUUUGAUUGUGGGUUUAAUGUUGUUGAGUCAGUUAAUUUUGCUCCUCUUGAUUGGCUACCUCAUGGGCAGAAUGCUGCAGCACUUUAUCAAGCACUGGGAAGAGAGACGUCAAUUUCCUUCAAUAAAUUGUUGAUUGAAGCUGCUAGAGAAGCUGUGAAGGCGCAGUGGGAGCUAUCUUUGUUAAAGAAGAACACCAUUGACAAUUUAAGGUGGAAAGGUGCCUGUGGAAAGAAUGGGAUCUUGACUGAAACACUGAAGUCAUGUGUCAAGCAGGAAGGUAAUAGAAGGGAAUACCUUUGUACCACCUCUCAGAAGAGGAAGGACAAAAACUUUAAUGCUACUGGCAAAAAGGAAUGUAGCAUAUGUUACUUUGAUUUGUACCUCUCAGCUGCACACUGUCCAUGUUCUGCUGAUAGAUAUUCAUGUUUAAAUCAUGCAAAGCGGCUUUGUUCUUGCACAUGGACUGACAAGAUUUUCCUAUACCAGUACGAAAUCAGCGAGUUAAAUAUUCUUGUUGAAGCAUUGGAAGGGAAAUUCAGUGCAGUGUAUAGAUGGGCUAGAGAGGACCUUAAUUUGGGUCUUCACUACUACAUUCCUAACGAAAAUUCAUGCACAAAAGAUAAAGGACAAAAAGAGCACACGUUCCAAGAUGCAGGAACAUGUUAUAGCAAUGGUUGGACUACUGCUUCUUCCAUCAAGGCAGAAAUAAAGGCCCGUCUACGGCAAUCACAAUACCUGAAUCAACUAAAAUCAGAAGAGAAGACAGUAUCAACUCCUUCCCUUCCAAGUGUGAGUCAAGAUGAUACUUCCAUGUUACUUAGAGAGAUGAUGUCAAAAGCUUUAUCAUCAAGUAAAAGCAUGUCAAGUUCCUCAGAAUCUGAGGAGACAGCAGACCUUAACCUUAAUGAUGGAGGAGAAGGACGCAUCUCAUCAACAUGCAGUUCGAGGCCUCCUAAUCGUCCUGAAAGAGAAGUCACAUUAUCAGAGCUUCUAAAAGAUAUUUCCCAUAAGCAUGGUAAAACAAAACAUUUUAAAUCAACUUCUAAAGGACUGCCUCUGAGCCAUCCAGCUUCUAAGAAACGAAAAAAGAAGUAAAUCUGAACUCGGCGCUACAACUAGCUUAGGCCUUGAUAAGAAGGGUCAAGCAUCCAGGCGGGUAUAUCUGCCAAUCAAAUGUACGUUGUACAGCUACAUUAGGACGUAGACAAAAUUGUCGUGAAUGAGAUAGAGCCAAUUAGCCUUUUGUUAUUUGCUUGCUGUGUUGCCUACCUUACUGCUCUCUGGAAUUUUUUCCUGUUGUAGAGUGGAGGAAAUUUUUUUCAACCAUAUUGUGUGGGUCAGAUUGCAAUUGUCUUUAGUAGGACAUGGACACUUUUUGGGAAGAAAGCCAGGUUAUUGACAUUGUUUUUGAACAAGUUUUGUUAAUAUACCUCAUAUGAUUGGAAAUUUUGAAUAUCUAUAGCCUCUUUUUUUUUUUCCUAUGAAAGUUGCUUGAUUAUGAAGCCUUGC